AUGCAUUAUCGAUCUAAAAAUGAAUAUUAAAAAUUGUUUGAUUUGAAAACAAUAAAAUAUAGAAUGGAAACACUUCCAUCUACUAGUAGAAAGAUACAAAAUCAUUCAUUAACAAAUAGAUCAUAAUAAAAAGAAAAAAAAGUUAUUUGUGAAAUUGAAGGCAAUUCUAAAAUUGAUCGUUAGACUUAUAAGCAUUUCAUUAACUUCAAAAAUAGAAGACCCACUCUUAAUAUAUAAAAAAAUGUCCUUUUUUAACCUGGUAUCCUAAAAUAAUUAUCAAACCCUUUAGAACAAUUACAGUAAUAAUCUUAUAGAUAAAAUUAAACUUAAAAUAAGAAUCACAGUUAAAGAGAUAUUUUAUUGAAUACUAAUUUCUUUGUUUCACCAUAGCAUUUACAUAAAAAAAUGAAACAAGAAAAACAUCAUUAAUAUUAAUAAAAUGAAAUACCUACUGAUCUCCCAUCUAAAGAAAAGAUUCUCUAUCUUUAAACUAGUCAAAAUGAUUUUAUGGAUUUAAUAAAUCAUAAUAUCUCCAAUAAUAAAAAUUAAGGAAUUAAAAGUAAGUAUAAAGUAAUCUCAUAUGCAAAAAAAGAUAAUCCUCAAUUAAUUUCAUUAAAAAGAGAUAAUGAAAAUAUUGAUGAUGAUAAUUCUGAAUGUAAUGUAGUAUUAUUUAGAUCAAAAAAAGAAUUAUGA